AUGGGUAGUGAGAUUGAUACUAAAUCAAUUGAACCAGUCCGAAAUGCCCUCUCUUUGUUUGGAGAUAAAGACCAUCAGAAGAAAUAUCAGCCUACCAAGAGUAAGUGUGAUUGUGAAAUAGAGUUUGAGGAGUUGAAAAAGGAAUUAGCCAACUGCAAGGUACAAUUAGAAGCAAAGCAUGCAGCACAUAUGCAAGCACUUCUUAAGCUGGAACACAACCAAAAGAUGACUCAUGAAUUGUCUUCCCUGCUGAAGAAGUCUGAUGUUGAAAGAAACAGGUACACAAAUGCAUCUUCAGAGGGAAAAGCUCGCAAAGAAGAGCUUGAAUACGAGAUGAAAGAGAGGGCUGAUCAGAACUUGGAAACUGUAAAGGUCCGGGACCAGCUUUCACAUGUAUUGAGUGAAUUGAAGGCCACACAAAGGGAGCUUCUUAACAAGGAAACAGAACUUGUUGCUGCUAAAGAUUCAGAACUGAACGCUUUGACAAAAGUGGAACAUUUGGAAAAUGCCUUGAAGAUUGAAAAGGAACAGAAAGAAGAACUCAUGCAACAAGUGAAUGAGCUUGAAGAAGUCAUUCAUAGGUCAAAACUUGCCGCUAUUAAAGCUGAGAAAGAGAAGAUUGCUAUGUUGUCUGAGAAAGAAGAGAAAAUUGAGUUAGCUACAAAAGCAACUGCUCAAGCACAAGAGCUAGAAGAUAUGAGAAAGCAUAUAGAAAUGCUAGAGGGUUUACUUAAUCAACCGAUGGAUAUGUCUACAUUGGUUGAUUCUCUUCCAUUGGAACUUACACAAGCUAAUGAAGCAUUCAUUUUAUCUGACUCAAACCAGUUUCACAUUGACAUGGAACUAAAGGAAAGAAAGAUCAUGGAUCAAUCUGUCUACAUUGAGACAUUAGAAAUGGAAUUGAAUCAGUUCAAACAAGAGCUUACAAGUGCAAAGGAAGAAAUAAAUGGCUUAAAUAUUACUAUUGAAUCACUCACAAGUGAGUUGCAGAUGGCUAAAGCAGAUUUGAACAUGAAUAAGGAGGAAGAUAUUGAAGCACAGGUGGAGAUUGCAUUGCUGAAAUCUCAGCUUCAGAAGAAUGGAUAUGUUACUGACAUCCAACCUAAGAUUAAUCCUUCACAGGAUAUACAAGUUCCCCAAACUGAAGUGAGAAAUAUUAGUGAUAAUAAAAAUGAGCAUAUCACAAUCUCUUUGGAAGAAUACAAAUACUUGGUUAAAGAGGCUGAGAAAACAAAUGAAGUUGGAAGCCAUUCAGAGUUAGCAUUGAUGAAAAAGGAAGUGGAAAGUGCAUCAGUGAAAAUAGCACAGCUGAGGGCACGUGCAGAACAGGCUCUUAGCAGGGCUGAGUCAGCUGAGAAUGCUAAAGCAGCUUUAGAGGACAAAAUAAGGAGACACAAGGAACAUAAGCAGAAAAGAAGGGCUGCUCUAGAUGCUCUUAGGGAGGAAUCUACCCCUAAACAAUUUAGUCCUUCCACAUCAAAUGGAACAACACCUGGAUCAUACCAGCCAUUAGGUAAGGUUCUAAAUAUGAAGUUGUAA